AUGGCCCUAAAAAACAAGUAUGGCAAUAGGUGGAAAAGCUUCAAGGCCUCCUUGAAUCGCAUGUGGCAAUCAAAGAACCGCGGCAGCCCCUUCCCCGAGUACUUAGAACUUCAAAAUAUAGACGAGCAUGAAGCAACCGCGCGGGAAACCGUAGAGUGGGCAACGCAAGAGCUAAGGCAGCGCUAUUCGCGUUUCGAGGCCGACGACGUAAGGCUCACAGAACGCGGAAACAAAGUCCUCAUAAGCGUCCAAGACCUGCGAUUUCCUGAGAAAAACCGCUGGACGAAACCACAACCCCUUUUUGACGAAAAUGGCGAAAUUAGGGGUGACGUGACAAGAUUAAAAGGCUUCCAAGUGGCUACCCGGAGUGCGUUAGAAAGGUUGGAAACCCUGAAUGAAAGGGUCGCACUAGAAAAACGCGCCGAGGGGCUACAAGAAACGUUGGAAGAAAGGGAAGCAGAAUACAUGAGACAAAACCGACUACUUCUCGAUGCUCAAAAGAGAGAACUUGACGACAAAAAUCAGCUAAUAGUACAGAUGAGAGAACAAAAAGACAAUGCCCUACGCGAUAGAGACCAAGCUCAAAAAGCCUUUGAGCUUGCCCUGCGGGACCUGGGCAUUAGUAAGGAAGAAGCCAAAAACUUGCAUGUCACCAUAGCCGGCUCUUUGGAGGAACGGCGGCAGUUGGUUGCCGAAAUUAACACUAAAGAAGAGCAAAUCCGGCAAAGAGAUCAGGCUAUUGAAGACCUGGAAAGACAAAUAGAGCGGCAGCAAGAAAUAAUCAAUGACCAGACUCGUCCCGAAGAGGAAAGGGAGGCAGCCCAAAGGGAAUCAGAAAGCCUUCAG